CCCCCCCCUCCUCUGCUCUGCCCCCCCAGGCGAUGGAGAGCAAGCUGCUCAUCGGUGGCAGGACCAUCGUGGACCACACCAACGAGCAGCAGAAGAUGCUGGAGCUGAAGCGGCAGGAGAUAGCUGAGCAGAAACGCCGGGAGCGGGAGAUGCAGCAGGAGAUGCUGCUGCGGGACGAGGAGACCAUGGAGCUGCGGGAGACGUACACCUCCCUGCAGCAGGAGGUGGAGAUCAAAACCAAGAAGCUGAAGAAGCUGUACGCCAAGCUGCAGGCCGUGAAGGCGGAGAUCCAGGACCAGCACGACGAGUACAUCCGCGUGCGCCAGGACCUGGAGGAGGCGCAGAACGAGCAGACACGGGAGCUGAAGCUCAAGUACUUGAUCAUCGAGAACUUCAUCCCACCAGAGGAGAAGAACAAGAUCAUGAACCGCCUGUACUUCGAUGGUGACGAGGACCAGUGGAAGUUCCAGCCGCUGGUGCCCACCGGAGGAAACAGCAACCAAAUGAAGAGGCGGCCGACCUCUGCGGUGGGGUACAAGAGACCCAUCAGCCAGUACGCCCGGGUGGCCAUGGCCAUGGGGUCUCACCCUCGGUACCGGGCUGAGAAUAUCAUGUUCCUGGAGCUGGACCUCUCCCCUCCAGCCAUCUUCGAGUUUGAGCGGAGCAGGGACCCGGCAGAGCAGGACCCACGGGCUCUUCACAUGGAGAGGCUGAUGCACCUGGACAGCAUCCUGGAGAGGCCGGCGGCCUCCCGCGUGAGGAAGUCCCGCUCCUGGUGCCAGACGCCGCGGUCACUGCCAUCCUCAACCACGCAUGUCUCCCUCACCUCCAGCUCCCCGCGCGCCGCCACGAUGCCAGCUCAGGAGUGACGUCCUGGACCUCCCCCUCGUGUCCCCCCCGCCACCGCCUCGCAGCGAGGACUGUGCCCCCCCCCGACCGGCGAGGACGGGGGCUCCAGCCGGCAGCAUCUCCACCGGGCCCAGUCUUUGUCUUCAGCUACUUUGUGUGCGCGUGUGUUUGUGUCAGACGCUCACGAACAGCCCCCCCGGGGGGACAGGGGAGCCCCCCCCUCCUCCUCCUUCCUUCUGCCCUCCCCUCCCCCACCUCCUCCCCCAUCUGGAUCUGUCACUUUAUUUAUUUAAGGUAUUUAUUUAUGGAGUGGUUGAUGCGCGGAGUCAGGAGGCGCCUUGGGACUGGAGGAGACCGCCCGGGGCUGGCAGCGGGCACCACGCCGAGCGCAGCCCCCAGCCCGCCCCACGCCACCCCCACGCCACCCCCACGUGGGGCUGGGACACGGGGACACCACCCAGGUGGGCACCACCAGUGAACUGCCCACCGUCGGGCUCCGCAGAGUGGGCAGGAGAGGCCAUGUGCCCCUCUCUGGUGGCUUUGGCAGGAGGAGAAGCAGCCCCGGACUCUGGUGCUGCCUUUGCUUUGCUGGAUCCCAGGGAAUGUGGCCGUUUCUGCCAGGAUUUGGAGACUUGGUGGUGGCAGCACCUUGCGCUGGGCUUGUCACAGGCCCUGAGGGACUCUCCAUCCUGCAUCAACGCUGGUGGCAGCAGUGACAUCUCACUGACUUCUGGGCAUGGCUGUCACUCCAGGAACGCCGGCCCCAUCCACAGCGAGGGCUUUGCAGAUGAACCAAACCACGUUGGUCCCGGUGGUGACGGGGCUUUGUCCACCUGUGCUGUGCUCUGGAGGUGCCCUGUCCUGUUCCGUUGGGUGACACCAACCUGACUAAGUGGGUGUUUAACUCCUUCCAGCAAGAACAGAAGAUGGAAAUCUCCAUGCUCUUCCACCCACCCUUGUCUGGGGAGCAAUGCUACCUAAAUGAAACCAGAGGUGAGAGCGUCCACCAUCCUGGCCACCGACAGCAAUGAAGAAAUGCAGGACGAGAUGGUGAUGGCUGGAGGAGGGUUGUCACCAUCGCUCUCCUCCAGGCUGGGUAACACCAUGUGGAGGUCACCUCGUAGUUGGGAGAACUUUACUGGUGGUUGCAUGGGUCAUGGAGGGAUGGAUGUGAAACGGGUAAUGGAUGAGGGGGGACAAGCCAUGAUGCCACUCUGGAGAUCUGAAACCUGUCCCAGGCAGCAGCACACGUAGGUGCCAGGACAUCGCUCGGGGUUCCUGGGCCAUUCAGCUUUCAGCAGUUCCACUGAGGGUCCUUGUUGAGGACCAUCCCUGGCAGUGCCAGGCCAGCAGCUGUGGCUUCCCUGGGAUGGCUUCCAGAUGUGCGGAGGUGGAGGAGAUCCGAUCUUAAUGAAUGAGAGAGUGACCCCCAGGUUCACAUGGAAGGAUAGGGGUCUUCAAAGGGAUGGGUGCUGAGGCCAGUCCCUGGGAAGGCAGAGCUGAGGUUGCAGGUAGGGACAAGUGUCUUGUGGCAACGAAGGGAGUUUCUUCCACUGGAGGACUGGUCACUGCUCCCCCCGAUGACUCCUGCCGGGAGGACCCAGGCUGAGGGAGGCAGAGGGGCUGAGGCACAAACAUGGACAUCACUGGCCCAGGUUGGCCAGAGAAGCUGUGGCUGCCCCACCCCUGGAGGGGUUCAAGGGCAGGUUGGAGGGGGCUUGGAGCAACCUGGUGUGGUGGGAGGUGUCCCUGCCCAGGGCAGGGGGUGGCACUGGGGGGGCUUUAAGGUCCCUUCCCACCCAAACCAUCCUGUGAUCCUAAACAUCAGGAGGAGAAACAUCAGCUGUGUCUGCUUCAGAGCAGUGCAAGUUCCACCCAACGGGAGCGUCCCAUCAAAAUGCUCCCUGUGGGUGAGCUGGGGGGUCCACAGACCUUCCCACCCGUCUCCUGACACAUCCCCUGCUCUGCUGUGGGGGGCUCUUCUCCCCAUCCCCUGUAACAUUGUCCUGCCUCAUGUUCUUGAUCAUUGCCCUCUGCCACCAUCUUCCCUUCCCCACUUUUGGCUCAUAACACCUGCCCCUCUGAAAUCUUUGUCUUUCCCCCAACUCCAGCAGCUGGCUUGGAGGUGACUUUGGAAGCUGUAGGUUGCUGCCAGGACUGAGCUCACUCCCUUUCAGCAGUGGCCAGGUCUGGUUUGUGCUUAGCUGGGGAGGAGGAUGCAGGAGGAAGGGUGUGAGGAGUGAAAGAGGGGUCCCUUCCGUGGCCUGGGGUGAGCUCCUUCUGUCCACAGGCACCACCAGGAGCCAGGGGGUUGGUGGUUGAUGUGUCCAUGCACAUCCCCUGGGACAAGCUGUCUGGCCCCAUGAAACCUGGUGGGUGAGAAACCUGGUUCUUUAUUUCAUCUUCAGGAUAGGUCUGUGGGUUGGGGCCAGGAGGCACAGACCUCGGGAAGGGGAGGAGCUGCCUGCAGGGUGACCUGCAGGAGUAGGUUUUCCUACCUUCCUUAUUUUCUAAUUGCCCCAAGUUCAUCUUGAGCUGGAUCAGCAGCUGGUGGAGCCCUGAGGUGGUGAACUGGUGACAGAGUCUCUCUUAGCGCCGUUCUCUGCCGAGGGCAUGGAGACAAAGCUCAGGAGCUGAUGGUGUCUUCUCCUUCACCCUUCUUGCCCCCGGCCAUGGAGCAUCUUGUGGGAGGGUGGAUGUGCUCCACACCAGUCACCCAUGGCACGCGUUGGUCCUCAUCUGUGUCACAGCAAGGGACAGGUCCAGGUCCAGCAGGACUGUGGACAUGGUGGGAUCCACGUGGAAGCCCUUCCAGCAGGAUUGUGGUCACAUCCACAUGGAGCACAGGAUGGGCAUCCGAGCACCUGGUGCUGGGGACAGGCUGAGCCGCUGUCAAUGUCAUAGUGCUGCUGGUAUCACAUCUGUCCUGCCCGUGGGUCCGGUGUCUCUCUCCACUGCUGCUGGUGUCCUCCCAGCCUCCUUAGCACAAUCCCCGGGGAAGGUUGGGAGCAGACGCCGGGCGAUGGGAUGUCGGGGCGACGCGUUCCCUCUGCCCGGGGCGGCCCCGCAGCCUCUGCAGCACCUGGGCUGUACAUUUGUAAUGUUCUCUGGUCUCCGUGUGUCGGUGCGUGUGUAUUUACAUAGGAGUGUGUGUAGGUGUGUGUGGGUGCGUGCGUGUAGCCAAGGGGUCUAUUUACCGUCAAUGUCAGUGACUGUACAGGGGGCAAAUCCUGGGGGGGGGGGGGGAACGGGGCUGGGCUGGGGCUUUUUUCUUUUUUUUCCUUUUUUUUUUAUUUUUUUGGUGGUUUAAUUGUUUGUUAUUUUGGGUUUCAGGUUUGGGCAUAUUUGUUUUUUGCCAGGGGGUGGGUUGGGGUCUGUCUGGGAUUGAUUCACAAGGUGAGGGCCUUGAUUAGGACCAAAUUUUCGUGCCUGUUGCUCUGGUGAUUUAUUUAGAAAUCAAAAGUUUACUGUACGGUGGCCCAUCCUUGUCACUCUAUACAUAUGAAUAUACAGGACAUAUUAUAAAUAUAUAUAUAUUAUACAUACUGUAUGGAGAGAGGUCAUUAAUCUCCCACUCCCUCUGGCUUUGGAUGGACACCUCAAUCUGCUGUACCCUAGCUUUGUCCCAGCGCUGGGAACGGCCAGGAAGCGCCAGCGCCCUCCGGAAAACCUGGGGAUGGCACCAAUAAAGGAAUGAGCAUCAUUGCAAA